UGUUGUAAUAUUUCACCUGAUGUUUAGUGGGAUUCCACUACGUUUAUUAGUUGGAGGAUUGAGACUAUGGAAUCGUGAUUUAUUCUAUAGUCCUGAAAUAUUGAAAGGACACACAGAGAUAGUAUGAAGUGGUUACGAAUAUUGGUGAUAUUGAUUAACAUUUGGCAACAGAGCAAAGGCCAGCAGCUGACAACACUGCAGGGUCCCUGGCGGAUGCUGUUCAAGGUUCACAGGUAUGACGGAAUGAGCAGUUACACCAGUGCAGCCUCCUUUCUGACUGAUGCAACAGGGUCGGUAUCAGACAGCGUCUCGGUCAAACGAGAUCUGUACUCUACGGGCACACGGUUCAGGUCAUCCAUGCUGGAAGAUUGGGGCACCAUUUCAGCGGUUCGCAUGUCUAUGUGGGAGAACGAUGUAGAAAAAGCCUAUUUCGUCUUUAGUGCAGCGGGAAAAACGAAAUCCACCUGGAUGGACUGUGGAAACCUGUUGUAUUCAAGUUACACUGACAUUUUUACAGAAACCAUCACCACAUGCCAAAUCUCAAGCAGUGGAAGAAAUUUCUUUAUCCAGAGAGGAUACGGGGACUGUAAAAGUCAUAACGGCUGGAUGGUCGUCAAGGAUACGGACGCUGUCGGAACAGCUGAAUGUGACUGGGACCGUAACUAUGGCUACGUCACACUAUUAUAUGCCCCGGGAACGACGUACACAACCUGGGAUUCAUCCACGCAUUUCGCUGAUGCCUUCACGAUCUCUGUGAUGGACUGGUACAUG